AUGUAUGAUCUGUCACCUUAGUCACUGGAUUUGUUUACGUUUUGUUACUUCCCGUUGGUUCCCAUUUGAUUCAACAUAAUUUUGAAAUUUUAUUGGAUAGGAUAAUCUAUUAAUUUACAUUGUAUAUCAGGUCAACGUAUUCUGAGCUUACACUGUCUCAAGUGAACUGUCUCUGUGAAAGUUCCUUAAUUCGAAACAACAAUAAUAUGUUCAAGGGAGAGCUAGAGAACUGUUUCACCUGUUUCCGGCAGACAGACAGCACCCUACCAAUCCAAAGCAACGACGAAAGCAUUGAGGAAAUAUUUGUAAAACAUUUUUGGUUUACGAAAGAUGAGUACCGAGAUCGAUCCAUAUGUACCAGUUGUUGGGAGAAAAUUGACGAGUUCCACAAAUUCUACUGCGAGGUGGAGAAAGUACAUAGCUUCCAAUCUCUGGUGGUGGAGGUCAAGAUGGAAGAACAUUUUACUGCGUCGGAUGACGACGCUCUAGCGGAACCGAAAGAGGAUGUGCUCGGUGUGGAAACCCAGAACAAUAGCCUUUGCAGUGAAUCCAAAACUGAAACGCCAAUACCCAGCGCUGAUCCCAAAACUGAAGAAGAUAACGAAACUGAUUGUGCAGCGCCCGAUCAAGUGCUGAGCGAGGGCAAUCAGUCCAAUUCUAGUGAUUCUCAAGUACAACCGGACGAGUGCUCCGUUGCAUCUCGACGAAGCAAACGGAUUAUUGGUAAACGACCAGCCAAAGUACAGCAGACUAAAAAACGAGAGAAAGAAGACGACGAACUGAACACACUGAUACGGCAGCGCAUUAGUCUUACUUGUCAUAAGUGUUCCGAACCGGAUGCUGGCACCAGCGCCGAAACGUUUGAAACAUUCUACCAACUGCGGCUACAUUUCAGAAAGGUGCACAAUUCGAAUGGAUACGUUUUCUGCUGUGAUCGUAAGUGGUCGACGAAAAUGGGAUUGAUGACCCAUUUGAAAAAGCACGAACCGGCUAAAGGUAAAACUACACAGUGCCCAGAAUGCAAGUGCACAUUCAAAGAUAAAAAUAGUUACGAAAAACACAAGGUUUUGGUUCACACUCCGGAAGAGCAAAAACGGUUCAAGUGUGACCGCUGUUCGAAAGCAUUCGCGGCAGAAUAUUUGCUUAAUAGUCACAUCAAGUGGCACGAGGUGGUUGAAAAAAAGAACCAUUACUGUACGGUGUGUAAUAAAUAUUUCCUGAGGGUGCAAAAUUUGCGAAAUCACAUAAUAACUCACAAUCGUCAGGCGAAACAAGCUGUUCAAGAGCAGACGGUGACAAAGAACCCGGCUACGGCCAAGGCAAAACGACGCGCAGAUGAAAUCGCAAAGCAAGAUAAGCUUAUCCGGGAAACUGUCUCGCUGAAUUGUUCCCAGUGUGGUUUCCUGGGGGAAACGUUUGGAAAGUUGGUAUAUCAUGCACUAAAAGAGCACGGCAACAAAUACUAUGCAGUGAUUUGUUGCGACCGCCGUUUCGGUAGUAGAGAACAGUUGUACGAACACUGUUUGCGACACCUGAAUCCGGACCACUUCCGGUGUGAGAUUUGCGGGAAAAGUUACGCAGAUAGUUCCGCGCUGCAGAGUCAUAGAUGGAGAAUUCACACGCCGGUUUCCGAGAGGCCGUUUAAAUGUGAAAUUUGUGGGGAUGCAUUUGUCAAGGAUUACCUGCUUAAAAAGCACAUGGACACUCAUUUGUGUAAGGAACAAAAGAGUCACUUCUGUGAGCUGUGCAACAGAGCAUAUUCUAAUGCGCUGUACUUGAGAGUCCACCAGCAGAAGAAGCACGGUGCGGUAUGUGAUUGGGUGUGUGAUGUGUGUGCUAAGGGGUUCGCUCAUCGUGGAGCACUCGAAGAGCAUCGACUGACGCAUACACAGGAGGGACUGGCGAGUUUGAAGAUGCAGUGUGAGAAGUGUAAAAAGUGGUUGAUCAACAAGGGAAGUUACUCGAAGCACAAGCGAAUCUGUUACGAUACGGGUGGACCAGUGAAGUGUGAUAUCUGUGGCAAAGAAUCCGUUAAUGAAGCCGCCCUGAUGGGACACAAAAACUUCCAUCAUUCCAAGCGGCCCAUGCUGAAGUGUUCGUACUGUGACAAGGAGUGUCGGACACCGUUGCGGUUGAAGGAACACGAAGCAACUCACACAGGAGCAGUGCUGUACCAGUGUCCGUACUGUCCGCGGACGUCCAAUUCCAGCUCGAAUAUGUACAGCCACAAAAAGACCGCUCAUGCGGAGCAAUGGGCCGAGGAGGUUGCUACACGUUACUACAAACGAUGAAAUAAUGGUACUUGAUUUCUCUAAGGAAAGCCAUGUAAAAAACAACCGAUCUUGAGAAAAUAUGUACUACAAGCUAUACUUUGAGUAUAACUUGUGAUGAUUAACUACCUGCACAUCCAGGCCAAUGAGCUGAAAGUCCGGCGGUUAAGCAGUCAGAAUAAGUCUCAACAACCCGCUUUGAAAAAUAGACUUCACAAUAUUUUUUUCUGAAUAAACGUCGUGCUAAAACAUUCGAA